AUGGUUGCUGACAUCUUACGUGAAAUCCUGAAACUCAUCAUCCCGACUGGCCUGGCCAUAGUGGACAUGGAGCUUUUAGGGACACGUUUAGCUUUCCUGUUUGUGCUGCCUCUGCUUUCUGCAAACGCCAUCGCCAAUCCCAAAACAACGGUGUCCUGGUGCGUGGUAUCGGAUGCGGAGGAGCAGAAGUGCGCCGACCUGGCCGGAAACGCCACUGCCCGGAAUAUCCGAGGGUCUCUGCAAUGUGUUCGAGGCGUCAAUUCCAGAGACUGCAUGCUCAAAAUUCAAAACGGUAGCGCAGACGCGGCCUCCAUGUUUGCGGAUGACAUCUACGCCGCUGGUCUGUGUCACCAGCUGGACGUGGCGGCAGGGGAGUCAGUCAAUGGAGUUGACGGCGUAAACUACUAUGUGGUGGCGUUGGCACGGCGCUCGUCGUCCGACCUGUCACUGCUGGAGAUGCACGAACGCAGUUCUUGCCACCCGGGCAUGCGCACCACGGUGGGCUGGACCGUGCCUGUGGCCUACCUUCUCAAUACCUCGCAGAUCAGCAUGCAGGGACACCAGUGUAACUUCCCCCGCGCGGUGGGGAACUUGUUCGGCUACAGUUGCGUGCCAGGCGUCAAGGAUCCCCAACACGACCCCCGGGGCAACAACCCCAAGAACCUGUGUGAGGCCUGUAUCGGUGACGACAACGAUCGACACAUUUGCGCCAGCAACCCCCGAGAGAGACACUACGGCGAGGCGGGGGCCCUCAGGUGCGUGGCGGAGAACCUGGGCGACGUUGCUUUUGUCAAACACACAACGGUCUUUGACAAUUUGGAAGGCCGUAACCAAGAGUCUUGGGCUCUGGACGUGGAGGCAGAGGACCUGAAGCUUCUUUGUCCAGACGGCGGCGAGGCGGACCUGGACGACUUCCGCCUGUGUCACUUGGCAACCGUGCCUGCCAACGGUGUGGUGGUACGCCCGCACGAUAAAUGUCGCGUCUGGAAGUUCUUGGAACGACUGCAGAACGUGUUUGGCAACGCCACGGACGGCUUGAGCAUGUUCAGCUCUGCCGGCUACGCCGACUCUGACGUGCUGUUCUCUGACUCUGCCCGCCGCCUACUGAGGGUAACGGGGGACUUCACGUCCUGGUUGGGGCCCUCCUAUACCAGCGCCCUGCAGGCCUUCGAGUGCGAAGGCUUCUGCUGA